GUACGAGCGGAAGUAAACACUUCCGGAAUCAGACCUGAUCCGAGCGGAGUUAAGCUGAGACUUUCUUUUAAACUGUGAGAUUCUAAAGGAUUAAAAAGGAUUCAGAAGUGAAGAGGAGACGCUAUGGCGACUACUAUCAGCACCCAGAGAGGACAGGUGUACAUCGGGGAGCUUCCCCAGGACUUCCUGAGGAUCACUCCCACCCAGCAGCAGCAGCAGGUCCAGCUGGACGCUCAGGCGGCUCGCCAGCUGCAAUACGGCGGCGCCAUCGGCACGGUGGGACGGCUCAGCAUCACGGUGGUCCAGGCCAAGCUGGCCAAGAACUACGGCAUGACCCGGAUGGAUCCGUACUGCAGGAUCAGGCUGGGAUACGCCGUCUACGAGACGCCGACUGCUCACAACGGAGCCAAGAAUCCUCGCUGGAACAAAGUGAUCCAGUGCACGGUGCCUCCCGGCGUGGACUCCUUCUACCUGGAGAUCUUUGACGAGAGGGCGUUCUCAAUGGAUGACCGGAUAGCGUGGACUCAUGUGACCAUCCCUGAAGGUCUGAGGGACGGCAGCGUGGUGGAUGAGUGGUUCACCCUCAGCGGCCGGCAGGGCGACGACAAGGAGGGCAUGAUCAACCUGGUCAUGUCGUUUGCUUCGUUACCUGCAGGGAUGAUGACCCAGCCUGUCGUCCUCAUGCCAUCUGUGUAUCAGCAAGGAGUCGGAUACGUGCCCAUUGCAGGAGUGCCUGCAGUCUACAACCAGGGCAUGGUUCCCAUGACGAUGCCGGCCGGCAUGCCGGCCAUGGGGGGCCAGGGGCCCGUGUGCAGCGAGGAGGACCUGAAGGCCCUGCAGGACAUGUUCCCCAACCUGGACAAGGAGGUGGUCCGCACCGUGCUGGACGCCCAGCAGGGCAACAAGGACGCCGCCAUCAACUCCCUGCUGCAGAUGGCAGAGGAGCUCUAAACACACACACACGCACACACACUCACUCACACACACAGGAAGAAAAUCAUGGCCCCUGCUCUCAGACUGAAGACCCCCUCAUACACAAACACGCACACACACACACACAGUCUUGGCCCCUACUAGCUGCCCCUGCUGGCGUCCUCUCCCGGAGCGCCAGGAUCCUUCACUCUGGUCUUAAUCGUCACGUUGAUGUUUUGUGUCGCAGAAAAAGACUCAAACCAAACAUGGAAUCGGCCUCCAGGCGUUAUCGCAUUCUGCUGUCGUCAUGGUAACCCAGCCCGCACCCCGAUCCCAAAGUUCGAUUUGCACUUGUUGGAGCUGCGGCGCGCCCGUUUUCCAUUCCUGUUGGUGUUUUUUUGUGUGUGAGUGUGUAUUUCGUAGGUUUUGUAGGACGUUGCAGUGAAAUGUUUCGUAGCUGUAAAACUGUUCAUUUCACCCAGAAUCAAAAAGAAUCGUUAAGGAUGUUUUAAAGUAGGUAAACAUUUAUGACGGGAUGAGGAAUGAAUGAAUGAAUGAAAGCUUCAGCUUAACACUGCAUCCUUUCACUGUUUUUCCUAAAUAUUUGCACAGAGUUCUGUUUCAGAGUAAGCGAGCUAAAUUGCUAACGUUGCUAAUCUUUAGUUGAGCAAAGGUCUGAGACGUCCGCAGACUUCACGGUUUCUCUUCAGCCUCUUGAAUUUUAGUGAUUUCAUGCUUCAGUCUUUCAAACAGCAGCUUUUUAGCGCACGACUACGUUAGUCUUCUCCCCAGGUUCAGUAUUCUAACAUUCUGCUCACACCACUGAGGUUUUGUUGCUAACGUGCUGCCUGCCAAAGGUCUGGCGUCGAGGAGACGCCGUCUGGCCGUGACUUCCACACCAUCCACGUGUUUGGAGACGUCGGGCGCCAUCCGGCACAGUUGUUCUUUUGAUUCACGACACGGUGUCUUUAAGCCAGAGCACUUUCUGCUGAAGCUCCAUUUGCAGGUUUUAAACUGUUUUAUUUAUUGAUGCUUUUAAGCCACAAGGCGAGAACAAAGAGUGUGGGUGUCCAUUCCUUUUCAUGACACGCUGAAAUACACUGACCAAAACUGG